AUGAUAAACUUUCGAAUUUGAAAGGAAGCCAAUAAAAUAAACGGAGUCGUGAAAUCAAAGUUCAUCAGUCCAGCAACAUUCGCGAUUCAGUAGAGAUGGCUACCGCUGACAAAAGAGAAGAUCCUAUAUACGUUUCCCCGAUGGUGACGGGACCGACGAUGAAGGAACUAGAGGACAUCUCCGCCGAGCUCAAUCUCGGAUUGGAAGGGAGUACCGUGCUCAAAGAAUAUCAGUCAGUCAUUAACGAGUCCUUGGAGAUGGUGAACCAACUCGAUGACCUGGUCGAACCCAGUCUGCCGGUGAAGUAUCCACGAACUCCGGGUUACCGACCCUCAAGGAAAGAGAACCCUCACAAUGCAUGGUAUUACAGUCAACGGUCAAGGGAGCUGCUAAUGGGAUACUGUCGGGAAACGGAUCGCUAUCAAAGACUCGAUUGCCGUGGCGGGAAUCCCGAUGAUGAUGGGAUGCUAUGCUUUAGAGGGAUAUGUUCCCGAUUUUGAUGCCACGGUCGUCACAAGAGUUCUGGACGAAGGUGGAGUUAUUCUUGGCAAGGCAACAUGCGAAGAUCUGUGCUAUUCUGCGAACAGUCAUACGAGUGCCAAGGGGCCUGUUUCGAACCCCCUCAACAAACAACACUGUGCAGGUGGAUCUAGCUCCGGAUGUGCAGUACUGGUUGCAUGUAACGAAGUGGACAUGGCGAUAGGAGGGGACCAAGGGGGUUCGAUCCGGGUACCUGCAAGCUGGUGCGGGGUGGUAGGGCUGAAACCUACGUUCGGCUUAGUACCAUAUACCGGGGCCGCAUGCAAUGAAUACACGGUGGACCAUGUAGGACCUAUUGCCAGGACGGUAGAGGGCUGUGCCUUGCUUCUGGAGGUCAUAGCAGGUUACGAUGACGGAAGGGAUGCCAGACAACAGUGCAACGUAGAGGUUCCAAACUAUUUGAAAAACUUAAAGAAUGCCCCUACUAAACCACUACGCAUCGCUGUACUAAAAGAGGGAUUCGGCCAUGAGAUUUCGGACCCUGAAGUAGACAAACUUAUACGUCAUACCAUCAGUCGAUUCGCUGCAAGCAGCGGGGCAACGGUGGAAGAUGUUUCGAUUCCUCUUCAUAAGAUGUCUGUCGCGCUUUGUGUCUCCAUCUUGGCUGUGGAAGGGGUGGACUGUCUGUUUACAUCAGGGUGUGCGGGUUUGAACCAUACUGGUUAUUAUCCAACCAGUAUGAUGAGCGGAGUUGGAGCAAGGUUGAAGGCUAACAUGACCAAACUAGCACCUUGUCAUAAGGCUAGGCUGCUACUCGGGAACUACCUUAAGAAAAACUACUGCGCCGUCUAUGGCAAGGCGCAGAAUCUCCGCCGGCUUCUCACUAAGGGUUAUGACGACGUGUUGGAGAAGUUUGAUGUGGUUGCCAUGCCAACCACACCAUUCACGGCGCCAAAACUUCCUACACAAGCUGAUUGGAUGAAAGAAAUUCUCGGCCAUGACACCGACAUGACAUGGAAUUUGAAGGCGGGAAACUUAACGGGUCAUCCUUCUAUCAGCAUCAACGCUGGGGUUGUAGAAGGUUUACCAGUCGGACUUCUGCUUACCGGCAAGAAAUUCCAGGAGCUUGAACUUCUACAAGCGGCCUACGCCUUUGAAAAGUUUCUGAGUAGCAGCGUCAGUGAAUGAUAGAAAGCAAAUUACGCAGCCAUAUAACUCAGCUGUAUGAUUUUAAAACUUGGUUAAACACAAUAACAACACU